AUUGGCUGCUAAGUGUUAGCACACAUUGCUGCACAGGUUGCCUAGCUAGCAGAAGGAAACAUCAUUGACCAGAUCUGGAAAAAGGAAAGAAGCUUUCAUGCAGUAAAACUAGUUUCCGUGAAGUAACAGCACGUUUGUUCUGGAUAAAAGAAGAUGGCGCAGUGGGUCCAGCUUCAGAUGUUGGACUCUAAGUACCUGGAGCAGGUGGACCAGCUGUACGACGACUCCUUCCCCAUGGACAUCCGACAAUAUCUGAGCAGGUGGAUUGAGAGCAUCGACUGGGAUACGGUGGCAUCACAGGACUCCCUGGCAACUGUUCGGUUUCACGAGCUCCUGGCUCAGCUGGAUGAUCAGCACAGCCGCUUUGCUCUGGAGAACAACUUCCUGCAGCAGCACAACUUCCGUAAGAUCAAGAGGAACCUGCAGGAUCGGUUUCAGGAGGACGCCCUCCAUAUGGCCAUGAUCAUCUCCAGAAACUUGAAAGAGGAGCAGAAGAUCUUGGCCAAUGCAAAGGAUUCUGUGCAGGAGAAGGAGGGGACGGUUUCAGCCAUGGUGGUGGAGAAGCAGAAGCUGGACAACAAAGUGAAGGAGAUGAGAAACAUUGUUCAGAUUAUCGACCAGAACCUGAAGAAUCUGGAGGACCAGCAGGAUGAAUACGAUUUCCAAUUCAACACGCUGAAGAACAGAGAGAACGACGUGAACGGCAUGACGCCAAAGGAGCUGGAGGCAGAGAAGUUAGUCAUCAUGAAGAUGUGCCUUGAACUGAAAGCCAAACGCCACGAUGCUGUGGUGUACCUGAAUGAACUGCUGAAUGUCAUCCAGGGGUUGAUAACCGACCUGAUCUCCGAGGAGCUGCCAGAGUGGAAGCAGCGGCAGCAGAUAGCGUGCAUUGGCGGUCCGCCCAAUGCUUGCGUGGACCAGCUGCAGAACUGGUUCACAGCAGUCGCUGAGAGUCUCCAGCAGGUGCGUCAACACCUGAAGAAGAUGCAUGAGUUGGAGCAAAAUUUCACGUAUGAGAACGACCCCAUCCCUCAGAAGAAAGUGUUUCUGGAGAGCCGAGCUCUGGAGCUCCUCAAGACCCUCCUCUCCAGCUCACUGGUCAUAGAGAGACAGCCCUGCAUGCCCACCCACCCACAGAGACCCAUGGUGCUGAAAACAGGCGUCCAGUUCACCGUGAAACUCCGGUUUCUGGUGAAGCUUCAAGAGUUUAACUACCAACUCAAAGUCAAAGCUCUUUUUGAUAAGGAUGUCGCAGACAAAAAAGGGUUUCGGAGGUUCAACAUUUUGGGCACAAACACUAAAGUGAUGAACACGGAGGAGUCCAACGGCAGCCUGGCUGCAGAGUUCCGACAUCUACAACUGAAAGAGCAGAAAACCGCCGGCAACAGGACAAACGAGGCGCCUCUGAUCGUCACAGAGGAACUCCACUCGCUCAGCUUUGAGUCCGACCUGCAUUUGCACCAUUCUGGACUCACCAUCCUGCUGGAGGCCGUGUCUCUGCCCGUCGUGGUCAUCUCCAAUGUGUGCCAGCUACCCAGCGGCUGGGCCUCCAUCCUCUGGUACAACAUGCUCACCACAGAACCCAAAAACCUGAAGUUCUUCCUCAACCCUCCAGCGGCGAAGUGGUCUCAGCUGUCUGAGGUUCUAAGCUGGCAGUUCUCGUCCGUCACCAAGCGAGGACUGAACCAGGAGCAGCUCAACAUGCUGGCUGACAAACUCCUCGGAGCCAAAGCUCAGAGGAAUCCAGAAGGACUCAUCCCCUGGACAAAAUUCUGUAAGCAAGGAGCCAACGAGAAGACGUUUCCCUUCUGGCUGUGGAUCGAAGGAAUCCUGGACCUGAUCAAACGCCACCUGCUGUCCCUGUGGAACGACGGCUGCAUCAUGGGCUUCAUCAGUAAAGAGAGGGAGAAGGCUCUGCUGAGCGAUAAGUGUCCUGGGACUUUCCUGCUCAGGUUCAGUGAGAGCAGCAAGGAGGGAGCGAUCACCUUCACCUGGAUCGAGCAUGACGUCCACGACAAGCCGGUUUACCACUCUGUAGAGCCGUACACAAAGAAGGAGUUGACAGCCGUGUCUUUGCCGGACAUCAUCCGCACCUACAAGGUGAUGGCAGCCGAGAACAUCCCAGAAAACCCUCUGCGCUUCCUCUACCCCAACAUUCCCAAAGACAAGGCUUUUGGGAAAUACUACCCCAAACCGUCAGAGACUCAGGAGCCCAUGGACGUGGAGAACACGGAUAAAAGCGGCUACAUGAAAACAGAGCUCAUAUCCGUCUCAGAAGUACACCCUUCCAGGCUGCAGGACAACAUGAUGCCCAUGUCUCCUGAUGACUUCAAGGCAAUAGAGCACCUCGUUGGUCCUCGAGACCUGGAUGCCGUGGCCAGCAGUCUGAUGCAAUAUGAAGAUUUAAUGUCUGAGAUGAACUCUGAGUUUUCUGUAGACAACUGACGACACUCCUGUGGUCUUCGCCUCGUCGUUUCGCAUCAGAGCUAACAUCAUCGGCUGUUGAACGCCCUGAGCAGAUGGCAUGUAGCGAGUGGUUUUAUCAUCCCUGCACAAAGGAAUUCUCAUCUGCAGCUUUUAGUGUAGCCAACUUUCACUUCACUGAAGCAGAGUAGAAUUUCUCUAUUUUCUAUUAAAUGUGAAAUAUAAAAUGUUUCCUGUCAGUAAAAGUGCGCUGUUUAAAUGUGACAAAGUGUUAACAUUCUGCCUGAGCUUUGUUUUGACUGUAUCUAUAAAAAUCUGUCCUGA